UGAGUCGUUGCAGAGAAAAAACCAGACGACCCUCCUUCCCGACAGAGUUUCCUCUCUUUCAUCUCUUCGCUCAUAGAGAGAGAGAGAGAGAGAGAGAGAGAUCAGAGUAAUCCUUCGCUCAAUCAACGGCAUGGAUCAGAUGCUGAACAAGGUCGGCUCGUACUGGUUCAGCAAUAGGGCUAGCAAGGAGUUCAAAUCCGCCGGCGAUGAUAUCAGCUCAUUGUCUACCAGUAUCGAAGGUGGAGCCAAAUGGUUGGUUAAUAAACUCAAAGGAAAAAUGCAAAAGCCAUUGCCAGAGCUGCUAAAGGAGUAUGACAUGGCAGCGGGGAUCUUCCCACGUGAUGCCACCAACUAUGAGUUCAAUGAGGAGACAGGAAAGCUCACAGUCUUCAUACCGGCAGUUUGUGAAGUGGGCUACAAGGACUCAUCUGUCUUGCGUUUUUCCACCACUGUUACAGGGUAUCUGGAGAAAGGAAAGCUAGUUGACGUAGAGGGGAUAAAGACAAAGGUGAUGAUAUGGGUAAAAGUGACUUGUAUCUCAUCUGACGGAUCAAAGUUGCAUUUCACGGCUGGGAUGAAGAAAACCAGGAGUAGAGAGGCUUAUGAGGUUCUUAGAGAUGGUGUAAGUGUAGAUAAGUUCUAAAGCUGGGCGCUUGUGAGGUAAUAUGUUUAUAAGCUGUAACACACCUUUAAAUUUUAAUGCUUGGACCAGUUUGCUUUGCCUCUUCCAUGAUUGACUAAUGUAAGUACGAAGACCAGUUGAAUGAUUGAAUCAAAUUUUAAAUGUUUCCUGUAGAUGUAGAAAAUUUAUUUUA